AUGGCAUCGUCGUCGGCGAUGGCGAUGAGGGCGGUGCUGGUGGCCGUCGUGCUGAUGCAGUGCUGCAACAUGAUCGCCGCGGCGAGGCCGUUGCUGAUGGAGGCGCCGGCGGUGGCGACGACAGCAGACGGCGGCUGGCUGGGGCUCAUCAUGCAGGUGCUAGGCGGGCCGGGCGGCAACAACCACAACUGCCAAGCUCCCAACGGAUCGUGCCCCUGA